AUGGAAGAAGUGACCAGAGCACAGCAGCAGCAGCCAGACGAGCUGCUAGCUGACGUGUUCACUGUGCCACUGUCAUUUCAAAAGGUCACAGUCCCUUCCAACUCAGGAUUCAGAAUCUUCCUGUGUCCUCUGUUGUGUAAGAAUGGAGGCGUCUGUGUCCAGAAGGAUCGCUGCCUCUGCCCAACAAACUUCACUGGAAAGUUCUGCCAGAUUGCAGUCACCACAACCACACCCACUGCCACCACUGCACCCUCCUCAACCAACCACAUCAUCAAACCUGCACACCUGUUGUCUCCUGGCAUGGUGGCCAAUCAGAAGCUGACACAGUCUGAGUUCCUCCUGCCCCUGAGACAGGACCAGGAGGCUGAGAGGUCCAGAGACAGUCCCUCCAUGGUCACGGUCCGAGUACAGCACCCCCCUGAGGCCAGUGUGAAGGUUCACCAGGUGAUGAAGGUUUCUGGCUUCAGCCCCAUGCUGCGGGUGCUCACCUCCAGGACUCACUCGGGCUCAGCGGGGGCUCCGGCCCCAGCCGCUCGAGGGGUGCAGGCCCAGACGCUGAGGGGUGAUGUCACCUACACCCAGCACUCCGGGUUCAAGUACUGCUUCCGAGAGGUCAGAAACGGACAGUGCAGCUCUCCUCUGCCGGGUCUGAGGAGCCGGGAUACUUGCUGCAGAGGGAUCGGGAAGGCCUGGGGGAUCACCGACUGUGUCCUCUGUCCACAAAACACAGGUCCAGACAACAGCAGCUGUCCUGUCGGCUUUGAAAGAGGAAAUGGCACACAGUGUGUCGAUGUGAAUGAGUGUCUCCAGUUGCGUCUGUGUGAGAAUGGGAUGUGUGUGAACACUAGGGGGAGCUACAGCUGUGUGUGUAGGACGGGGUACAUCCUGGACGCCACUCAUGGAAUCUGCAUCUCCCAGAGUGUGAUAUCACAGGAGAAGAGUCAGUGUUACCGGGUUCUGGGUCCAGGUCAGGGUCCGUCCUCCUGCUCUCUGCCCAUCCUGAGGAACAUCACAAAGCAAAUCUGCUGCUGCAGCAGAGUCGGCAAAGCCUGGGGCCCCAACUGCCAGAGGUGUCCUUACUUUGGUUCAGCGGCAUUUAAGGAGAUCUGUCCAGCUGGUCCUGGUUAUCACUACUCAGCUUCAACCCUGCAGUUCAACCAAAGAGUCUCUCAGCAUCUGAGCAGGCACGGAGCUCCUGUGGUGAUGCAGCGGGUCCACGGUAACGAGCAGAGCAGCCUGCUGCAUCAUGCCCACUCACCUGACAAAUUCACAGCCUGUGCAGCCGACACCGAGAGGACCCACAGUUUCUGGGACAAACCUCUGACUGUAGGCAGGCCUGCAUCCCAGCAGAACCCACCGAGCCAGCCCAGACCUGUACCAUCCCUCACAACACAGCCGAGGCCACAGCUGUCCAACGGGACUCACGCAGCUGUAUGGGGUGUGUGUCACAGUACACCAGGUGUGUGUGGGCGUGGCCAAUGUGUGGAUCAACCAGGUGGUAAACACACAUGUGUGUGUGAUCAGGGAUAUCAGACCAAUGCUCAGAGGACACACUGCCAAGACAUCGAUGAGUGUCGGCAGAAUCUCUGCAUGAAUGGUCUCUGUGAAAACACACCCGGCAGCUUCCGGUGCCUCUGUCACCGAGGUUACAGGAUCCAAGGCAACACCUGCGCAGAUGUGGAUGAGUGUGAAGAUGCUCUGCUCUGUCCGGGUCAGGAGUGUGUGAACAGCCAGGGCUCAUACCGCUGUGUGUCCUGUCACGCUGGAUACACACUGAUCAACAGGCUCUGCACAGACAUUGAUGAGUGUCGACAUGCUCCGUGCUCCAACGGUCACUGUCAGAACACUCCUGGAAGCUACCACUGUGUCUGUCGCCAUGGUUACAAGCUCCAGGGCAACACAUGCACAGAUGUCGAUGAGUGUUUGUAUCCGUCCCAGUGUCCUGAUCAGAUGUGUGUGAACUCUGUUGGAUCUUACCACUGUGUGUCAUGUGCACCUGGAUACACACUGAUCAACAGACAGUGUACUGAUGUUAAUGAAUGUGAGGACAGAGGAUCUUGUCCUAAUCAGGACUGUGUCAACACUGAGGGAUCCUACCGUUGUGUGGACUGUAAGAAAGGAUUUCACACUGUGGACGGCGUGUGUACAGGUACACUUAAUGCUGAACCUUUCACCACUUAUAUACACUACAUAUUUUACGUGAAACAUGAGCGUGUCCCUGGCCAGGUGAAACAUGAGCGUGACCCCGGCCAGAUGAAACAUGAGCGUGACCCCGGCCAGGUGAAACAUGAGCAUGUCCCCGGCCAGGUGAAACAUGAGCGUGUCCCCGGCCAGGUGAAACAUGAGCGUGUCCCCGGCCAGGUGAAACAUGAGCGUGUCCCCGGCCAGGUGAAACAUGAGCGUGUCCCCGGCCAGGUGAAACAUGAGCGUGACCCCGGCCAGGUGAAACAUGAGCGUGUCCCCGGCCAG